AAUUUUAACUGAGAAGGUAGGGCAAGAAACUUAUUUAUUUCUCUUUUCAAAAAUAAGUUGACAUUUAUGAUUUACAAAUAUACAGUGUUUUAUUUUAUUUCUUUAAAAAAAUAGAAUGAUGCAUAUAUAUUUUUAAAUUAUCGGGCAUCUAAUAAAUAAUCAUGCAUGGACUAACACAAGCUAGUUACUCAACCACCAGGCUCAUAGUCAGUGAACCACAACCACACCUCAGAGUGUGUCUUGUGAAAGUACAGUAAAGAGAAAGUGAGAAGCACGUUAGAGCUGCACAUACACAGUCCAAUUGUCUGCCAGUGUGUAUAACUAACUUGCCAGUCAACUAUCCAGCGCGCACAAAAAACUUUCUUUAACCCACUUUCUUAUUACUAGUCAUUCGCGAACAUCUCGCCUCUCGCCGUCGUUGAAUUAAUUUUAGUGUUGUGUCGUGUUUGGUGGUCGGCAGUGGUAUGUGCCCUACCAUCGGUGUCCCAGUGUAGUCCCUGCUGCCGCCGCGGUGGUGGGACGUGGGGAUAGCGCGGGUGGAUCUCGAUGACUCAAGUGGGACUGUGGUUCUUUUUUUAUUCGUUUUUUUCCCCGCUGCCGGCGCAGUGGAGGGUGUAGCGAUGUGCGACAUGCAGAAAAUGCCUACAAGAGACGAUGCCUCUUGUGACGAAGAUUCUGAGAUGAACUUUGCUGCAUUCUCAGCAGUUGGUGCUGCUGGCACUCAUUUUGUGACCACAGGGGGCCAGCUACCAGUUGCUAAGAUGCAGCAGAAUGUGUCCAACAAUGGCACAGCAUUAUCCCAGGUUGUAGGCAUGGUGGGCGGCGUAAACAUGGGCGACAGUGUGCAGUAUGUGCGAACGUUAGAGGGCGGUGCAACACUGCAGACCGCGCCGCAGCUCAUCUCCGUGCCUAUCGCGCUCCCCGGCGCCAAGCCUGGUGAUCCACAACAAACGUUCCAGAUUCAGGUGCUAGCACCGAACCUGACGUUGCAACCUCAGCAACAACCAAAAUAUCAAAUGCAGAUACCAAUUCAAGGCUUUCAACAAGGUGGAGCAGUACUUACUGUAGCAUAUUCACCAGAAGGAAACGAAGCUGGUAGCAUCCAACUAGUGGGUCAGAACGCAUUAACAGAAGGUACUUACAGGAUGAGAACUCCAGCCGGUCUGCAAGUGGUUGCGACGCUGCCACAAGAGAUGCAGCUAAUGCAGCCGGCGCAGGCGCAGGCGCAUGACAGCAAAGAGCAGCUGCAACAAAACUUGCAACAUCAGGUGUUUAUAACCCCGGAUCAGCAGAUAAUAAUCAAUGGGCCUGAUGACCUCAAAUUGACUGCGGCGAACAACAACAACAUUGAUGCCGUCACCAACAUCAUCAUCAAGGAAGAGUGCGAUGAUACUAUGAACGACGACGAGAGCUCUCAAGGCACUGAAGCAAGUGACGGUAUGUCGUGGCAGAUGACCUCCAGCAAUCAGCAAGAUCUCAUUAAGUAUCUCAACACUCUACCGCCGCAGCAAACGCAAGCGUUGCCUGCGUCGCUGCAACAGUUCCUACGGUUGAACCCGGCCGACAUGAAGAAGUGUCCGACAAUGGAGAUAGAGGUGGAGUCAGUCGAGAACGACAAGAAGGACGAGCCCAUCACCGAAGCAAUAUUAGAAGAAGACGGCACGAUAAGAAUCACACAGAAUAAAAAGAAGAAGAAGUACAAGAAGAAACCACCACGGCCGGCUCGUCCUAAGCCCGGACAGGUCGUCAUAGCGACCGCCAGCGACGGCACACCGAUAUUCUGCUGUCCCGAGUGUCAGAUGGCGUACCCGGAGAAGGAGCAGCUCGAGAUGCAUUUGAUCGUGCACAAAAUUGAAAGGCGUUUCAUAUGUGGAAUUUGUGGUGCUGGACUGAAACGCAAGGAGCACCUAGAGCGACACAAGCUGGGCCACAACCCGGAGCGGCCGUACGUAUGCGGCGUGUGCCGUAAAGGGUUCAAGCGGCGCGAACACCUCAACCUGCACACUGUCAUACACUCCGGCGUCAAGACAGAGCUCUGUGGCGAGUGCGGCAAGGGUUUCUAUCGCAAAGACCACCUCCGCAAGCACACGCGAUCGCACGAGAGCAAGCGAGCGCGCGAAGAGGCAAGCGGAGAGCUGCUCGACAUCAAGCCCUCUCUACAGUCGCUCGCCGCCUCCGCCUCCGCUUCCGCUUCAGCGUCCGCCUCCGUUUCUACACACAACAAUUCCUUACUGCCAGAAAUCACGAUCCAUGUCCCAACGAGUGCAAACGUGAACGUGCCGGCUGUCCAAAUAAAUAUCCCACAACAUGUCGCUUCCUCGCUAGCCGCGGCGCAGGCGCAGGCGCAGGUGCAGGCGCAAGCGCAAGCGCAAAACGACACACAGAACCAACUGGACGCGCUACUGGCGCAGCACACGUGACCCCGCGGAUAGUGCGACGAGCUGCUCGCCGAACAUCCCAUCGAGCACGAGCAGUCGCAUCCCGAAUGGGACGACUGGUCCAGCGUGCUAUACGUUUGUACGUGACACGUGCACAGUUCUUUAAGCGAGCGAGUUAUACGAACUGUAAUGACAGUGUUUCACUUGCCAAGUUAUAAUGCUAAAUUCAGACUUAUUAAUAGGUAUUAUAUAGUUUACCAUACUUACGAUAAUGUAUUGCAUUGCAUUUUACAUUAGAAUCUCGAUUAUCCGAACCAAACAAUUCCAGGUUAUUCUAUAUAAUCGAUUUCAAAAUCAAUUCAAAUAAUGUGUAAUUAAAUUUUAAUAUUUUUUUUUAUUAAAGGGUUUUUAAUAAAAAAAAAAAUAUUAAACACAUCAUUUAGAUGUUACGAUAAAAAAAAUUUACAAACUAUAAAAAUAAUUGAUUACCCAUUUAGCCAAUUAAUACAUAAUAUCAUUUUUAAAUGAGUAAUUAAAGCCGUGAAGAAUAAGUUUGGAUGAACCAAUAUUCAGAUACAGUAUACUCUGUUAUGUCCAUGGUCCACUGCUCAUGUGUAUAGGCGACGGUUAUCACUUUCCAUCAGGUGGACCGUCAGUUUGUUUGCCAUUCUAAGUUGUAUAAAAAAAAAGAUAAUUGAGAUUCUACCAUGUAUUGGGACAUAAAAUAUAUCAUCUAGAACAGGGUUUCCCAAAUUUAUUUUGUCUACUGCCCACUUUGAGAAUAAAUUAUUUUUUAGCGCCCCCAUUUUUUCACCUACUUAAAAACCACUAUUACUUUAAGAUCAACAAAUCACCCCCCAAGCCUCUACACAAGGCCCCCAAAUUUUCUAAGUCUCUUGCCGUUCCCUUUAAGGCCUAUAGCCUCCAUAAGGGGGCGUUAUGACCCACUUUGGAAGGCUUCUCUAGAGUAUGGUAAAUUAUAUAAAUGCCCAUUAGCGUCAUCACGCCUCCGAUGAACAUAGUAUGUAACUCUAAGAUUUAAAUUUAAUGAGAUGUGGUCUGAUAAAACUACUCAGAAUUUAUAAUUAUGGUUCGUUAAGGAAAUGAAAAUAUUGCGUCUAAUGGAUAAGUGAAGUUAUAGUAACAUCUAUUACAUAUGUGCGUGUUAAAACUACUACAGAGAUAUCAGAUUGUUUAAAUUAUUAUCAUGCGUAUGUGUGAGUGAUCGACAUAUUUAAAAGUAGCACACAGGCAAACUGUUUCGCUUAUACACACAACUGUUUUUCGCAUAAACUGACACAGUGCAGAGACUUUCCAUUUGUUGCGGGAAGAUCCUACCGUACAUUUUAACUUCAUUUAUGUGAUUAUAAUACAAUAAACAGGUACAGCUGUUAAUUAGACUUGAAAUCAUAACUCCGAUAUUUGGCCAGUAAUUAGAGAAUAAAAGUGAACAAUAUUGAUAUAUUUUUAUAAAGUGAUUGCAAGGAAACUGAAUACUGUUUGGAUUUACAGGGUACAAGAACAGAUAAAUCAAUGCAAUAGCAUUCACAAUUAGUAUUGGAAUUGAGAUUACUAUAGUGAUUUAAAUAUGAUAUAUGGUGCAGCUUUGUUUUGUUUUUGUAUGUAUGUCAGAUAGGCAAAACUAUAAUAUGUAGUACUAAACAUAACAGUCGAUAAAUACAUAUCAUAUUAGGUUAUGUAAAUAUUAUAUAGAUUUUUGUUGACUAAACGCCGAUUUGACAAUUCUACAUAGAAAUGUUUUGAGCUCCUAUGUGCUUUAAUUCAAAAUGAACUCUAUUCGUAAUAUGAAAAAAGUAUAAUAUCGGAAGUACGAAACAUCUAAGAGCUGGUAUAGUUGGGUGAUGUUUUUA